AGCGUUUGGCCACAAACUACAUAUAUUGGAAGGAUUGGCCUUGAUGUCGUUAUCGUCCAGCUCAACGCGAAGGAGCGAGGCCUCUCAUCGUCCAUCUCUUUGAUCUUCAAGUUGUAUGAAAGCGUCCGUAGUAGGCCUUUUUCGGAACUUACGCGAAAGCCCCGCAAGAAACAAAACGUGACCCCGCGUGACCAGCACACACCCCCGAACACUGAUCAACAGACAUCAGGAGUAGUAGAAGCAAGUCUGUUUAUGAGCAAUCUUGAUGCAAUCAGGGAUCUAGCUACUUUUGGAAUAAUUAAAUGCGUACAGGAGAUACUUUUAGCGCACUCCCUUGACCACUCCUUUCUCAUUGGACUUCUGUUUAACCUGACCCCCACACAAAUGUGACUAAGUUCUGUGCGCCUUAUGUGCCAUAUUCACUGAUCGCCAGCCAGCCCUCACCCUUUGUGACGGCCCAUAUUUACGCGCACAGCGCUGUAGCUGCAGCUAAUCUGCAUACGGUUGAAAAGAAUUAGAAAGACACUAGAAAGCUUUGGUCGGUCGAGCAUGCUUCUAUGCUUUAGAUUAUCGUGUUUAUCUUAUCUAGCGAUUGUGCUUUAAAUGCGUGGAAAGCUAAAGCCGACGCGCAGCCCUAGAUCAUUCGAUCUGUGCUAACGUGAAGUGCAUAGUGAAGGUCAGUUUUCUGCAAACAAAUGAGUAGAAGCAGAAAGAAUAUUGUUCUUCAGAGACUUCAGACUGUAUGUGAGCCCGAGGGCGUUUGAAUUUUUGAAAUAACAGUUACGUUAUAAGUCAGAUACACGGACGAAUGCUUUGAGUAAUGCUACGUUGUGAAAAUGGUUAGGGGUUAACACCAAGAGGAAAUAUCGGCUUUUAACAUGGUCGGGUAAAUUGGUGCUCUAAACAACCACAUUACACCUUGACAUUUGUAUACAAAAACGACAAAUUUCUUGUAGAAGACCUUGGACAGACUGAGCUUACUUCUGCCUGAAGUAGGUUCUUUAUAUGGUUAAUUCUUUAUGAAAUACGGAGAUGUUUAUUACGAGUAGGUGUACCAUCCUUUUGGGACAAACAAUGUAUGAAUGGCCUAUUAAAAUCUAGUUAACAAGCUAAUAGACUUUCUUGUCCUAAAAAGCUCGCCUGGUAAUAAAAGCAAGCGUAGCAUAUAUGUUCAUAUGAUGAAGCUCUACACGAUUUUCGAGAGUAUGAUCGAUGAGGGAGAGAUACAAAUUAGUGGUUCUCUCAGACUUGUGUAAAGGAAUAGUUAAACUCCUGGCCGAUCAGUUGUCGGUUGCAUUCUUUAUCACCACUUAGCAGCGCUCGCUGAACGAUCCAUAGAAUAUGGAGUACUGGCUGAAGGUCUCGCUGCUGCUCUGCACUUUCGGCUUCCUUCGCGAGAUGCGGCCAUCGGAGCCGUAUGUGACCGAAUAUCUGGCCGGAGACUAUGGUAAUCUGACCACCGAGCAGGUAUACCAGAAAGUCUAUCCCUUUGGCACGUACUCGGUGCUAGCGCAAUUGGUGAUUGUGUUCCUCAUCACGGAUCUGGUGCGGUAUAAGCCGGUGAUCGUUUUGUCCGCCGUUGCUGGGAUCGUGCUGUUCGCCAUGCAGAUAUGGUGCGAUACACUGGGAAUGCUGCAGGUUGCCCAGCUCUUCUAUGGCUUCUUCACGGCCGCCGAGGUGGCCUACUACACGUACAUCUAUGCCAAAGUGGACAAGGAGCGCUAUCAGAUCGUCACCGGACACACGCGUGCGGCGAUCUUGAGCGGAAAGUUUCUGGGCGGAGUGGUGGCGCAGGUUCUGGUGUCUACCGACAGCAUGGAUUACGGGGAGCUGUACUACAUAUCGCUGACCACACAGAUCAUAUCGCUGGGUGUGUCUCUGAUCUUGCCCAGCGUGCCACGUAGUCUGUAUUUCUAUGCGAAUGAUGCCAGUCGGAGUGCGACGAUUGGUGGCGACGAGAAUGAGCCAAAAUUCUCAAUGAAAAUGGCUUGUCGCCUGUUGUGGUAUCACCUGGUGUCCUCCUACUCUAACCCCAUUGUCCUGCAAUGGAGUGUGUGGUGGGCCCUGGCCAUCUGUGGUCAGAUUCAGGUGAUAUCGUACAUUCAAUUCUUGUGGAAGGAGGUGGCGCCCAAAAAUCUGAGCGUCUACAAUGGCGGUGUGGAGGCAGUGGCCACUCUCUUGGGCGCCGUAGGAGCCAUUGCGGCGGGUAUGCUCAACUCGAACAAGCGACGUAGCUUCUACAUGCUGUGCAAUUCCAUUUGCGCUGCCGUUCUGGGCGGUCUCCUGCUCUUUGCCUCACAAACCACUUUCCUCUGGGUGGCAUACGUCAAUUAUAUGCUUUUCUGCGCCAUCUUCUUCUUCAUUAUCACUGUGGCAGGAGCCAUUGUGGCCGAGAAUCUGGUGGAGGACAGCUUUGGCCUUGUCUUCGGCAUCAACACUUUGGUGGGUCUCUUGUCGCAAACGAUCCUUAUCAUUAUCGUGGUGGAACCUGAUCCGGGCUUUGGCUUGGGCCUGCGAGAUCAGUAUCUAGUCAACGGAGGCUAUUUCCUCUGCUUGGGGGGAAUCUUUGGACUCUGGAUUCUCAUUGCAAAAAUACGUGCGCUUUGCAAUAAAGUGGAGUAAACGGAAGUCCAUCAAUAAUAGUUCUUGGAUAGACUUAUUCCAAAAAGUAUGAUAUAGUGGUAUUAGGGUUAUAAAUGUAGUACUUUUACUAGUUUUGGAAUAUAUUUUCAAAA